AGCAAAUUUGUAAAACCUCUUCUCGGAGUGGCUUCAUUUCAACAUUGGAUCAAUCUCUCUUUCUGGAAAUUUGCUAUAAAAGCAUGCAUUUAGGGCUCAGGUUUGAUCAUUCACAUGGCAUUAUCUGAAUUUUGUGCUAUUGCAGUUUCUUCAAAAAAAAGUGUUAAGUUUUUGGGAGAAGAUGAAUCGGUGACUUUCAGUUGCUGCUUCUGGAGUACACUACGACCGUGUCUUUUCUGAUUUAGUGUUACCAUCAUGGCCUUGCUAAUUUCCCGUUGGUUUUUUCUGCGUUGCUUGGGUUCGUCGGAUUACCCAAGAGUCUCGUCUCAAUCUUUUCGUUUUUCUAAUGCCUUGUGUAGCCAUGUUUUUGGGGACCGAUUAUCUUCGACAUCUGGGAAGGAUGAGUCGCCUGUCCUUGCUUCUCGAAGGCUUUCAACUUCUAUUCUAACUCCUGAAUCAAGUGAAGGUGCAUUUCCAUCUGAUUUAUUAUCCAAAAACCGCAUUGUGACUCCGGAACGCACUAUAGGACUCUGCCAGGACUUGGUAAUCCCCGUGACCAAUUUCCAUAAUGAAGAUAAAGGCCUUAUGGUUUUGGCUGGUGAUGUGUUUGAUGUUCCUAUUCGGAAGGAUAUUGUUCACCGUGUUGUAAGAUGGCAGCUUGCAAAACGACAACAGGGUACUCAUUCAACAAAAACUAUUAGCGAGGUCAGUGGGACUGGAAGAAAGCCAUGGAGACAGAAGGGCACGGGUCGAGCGAGGCAUGGAACAUUGCGUGGGCCUCAGUUUAGGGGUGGUGCUACUAUGCAUGGCCCAAAGCCACGAAGUCAUGCUAUUAAGCUGAACAAGAAGGUUCGGCGGCUAGGGCUAAAGAUUGCACUGUCAGCUCGUGCAGCUGAAGGAAAGCUUAUGGUUUUUGAGGAUUUAGAGGUCCCUACACAUAAGACCAAGAAUAUCGUGAACUAUGUCGAGCAAAUGGAGGACAAAAAAAAACUUCUGCUGGUGGAUGGUGGUCCGAUAAGUGAAAAGCUAAAGCUGGCUACUCAAAAUAUACAUUAUGUUAAUGUACUGCCUUCGAUUGGUUUGAACGUCUAUAGCAUUCUUCUCCAUGACACAUUAGUAAUGUCUCGUGAUGCCAUAAAUAAGAUAGUUGAGAGGAUGCACACUCCAAUUAACCGCUAAAGCUGCUUCUGCUUUAUGCAUUCCCGCCUAUGAGAUGGAAAUCGGGUUAGAAUUUUUGGGCAGAAAAUAUGGUAGCACAAAGAUAAAUAAUGUAUCCUGUUAUUGUCCAAAUAUGCGGAAUGCAUUUCUGGACGUCUUGUAGAUCUUCUUUGAUUAAUUUUGUACCAGUGCUGAGAGUAUAAUCUGAACCUUUUUGGCUGUUGCUUCUCUCACCCAAAAAUGUAACAGUGGGGUGUCGAAAUAUGACGCAUCUUACCUGUGAUUAUGCUGCCGUGUAUCACCCAAAUUCAUGCGGUUCUAAGAAAGAUGGAUGUGACUCUUAUUGGUGUCUAUUUUAUUUUAAGCA